GGUCUAAGCAAACUCAUGCCCUAAUAUCGGGAUGUAAAGAGGAACAAAAAUUUAAAAAAAUCAGCAAACUCAUACCCUAAUAUCUUCUUCUUCUUCAUGGCUGCCCAAUCUCUAUCAGUACUCUCCAUCUCACCUUCAUCUUCCAGUUGCCGGUGCCGGAAUUCAUGCAAUUCUUCGUUUCGUCCGUCCAGUUUUACCACUUCAAUUACUUCUUUCACUGGAUUAAAUCUCUCAAUUCAACCGUUGAUUCGAACUUCCGGUAGAUAUGCCUCCUCCAUUGUCGCAACGGUUGCUUCUACUCCUACAACUCCGGCGCCAGAGAAGGCAACACCUGAAAGUUCAGCCAAAUGGUCGUUUAGAUUCAUAAAGUCGUUUGCGAUGGGUGAAUUGGAAGCUAGGAAGUUGAAGUAUAAUACCACUGGGACUGAAGCCCUGUUGAUGGGCAUAUUGGUUGAGGGAACUAGUUUGGCUGCAAAGUUACUAAGAGAAAGCGGUGUAACACUUUUCAAAGUGAGAGAAGAAACCGUAAAGUUACUUGGAAAAUCAGACAUGUAUAUUUUCAGCCCUGAGCAUCCCCCGUUGACUGAAGCAGCUCAGAAGGCCAUGGAUUGGGCAAUCAAUGAGAAACUAAAAUCAGGGGAAACCGGAGAAGUGACGACAUCCCAUUUGCUUCUGGGAAUUUGGGGACAGAAGGAAUCGGCUGGUCAUAAAAUAAUGGCAAUGCUUGGUUUUGAUGAUGAUAAAGCUAAAGAGCUUGCCAAAUCUAUGGACACGGAAAUCAUUUUGAGCUUCAAGAAGGGACUUUAAAGAACCGUAUACCGUUAUCCUGCUUCAUCCCUCUGUUUGAUGCUUCAACAUGAUGGAUUUACAGAGCCCAAAAUCUGCAAAUCAUAUACAGGAGGGCUCAAUGAUCUUGAACAUGACAAUGCCAUUGCUUUUCGUAGUGCAAUUUUAUUAGUUUGUAAUGUAAACCUUAUAAAAAUGGCUCAAAAUGAUGAUCAUUCAAUUGGUUAGAAUAAAAGCUUUUCCUUUUUAUUAA